GGAGAGUAGAGCGUGAAAACAACUCCGUAACUCUAACUGGAGCGGAGAUUACAACCAAAAAGAAAGCCUUUUUUAAUACAAUGGUGUCCUAUAAACCAGUCGCGUACAAACUUGUGAGCUAUGUGCCCUUUGUGCUCGUGCUGCUCGAUCUACGAUAUGAAGGAGUGUUGUGCAGUGGUGAGAACAGCGUCGAGAAGCACCUUGAGAUGGGGAAGAAGCUCCUGGCUGCCGGACAGCUGGCUGACGCACUCUCACAUUUUCACGCAGCUGUUGAUGGUGACCCAAAAAACUACAUGGCCUACUACAGAAGAGCCACCGUCUACCUGGCCAUGGGCAAGUCGAAAUCUGCUUUACCAGAUUUAAGCAAAGUCAUCGACCUUAAGCCUGAUUUUACAUCGGCAAGGCUUCAGAGAGGGAGUCUACUACUGAAACAGGGAAAGCUCGACGAGGCUGAGAGCGAUUUCAAAAAAGUGCUGAAAUCGAGCCCCAGCAGCAGAGAGGAGCAGGAAGCACAGAGCCAGCUGAAGAAAUCGGACGAAAUCCAAAGACUGGUGACCGAGGCGCAGAGUCAUUUCAAACACGGAGACUACGGCUCAGCGGCAGCGCUCCUGGACACUGUUAUUGAAACAUGUGUGUGGGACGUUUACUCCAGAGAGCUCCGAGCGGAGUGCUUCAUUCAGCUGGGUGAGAUGGGCAAAGCCAUCAGUGACCUUAAAGCAGCAUCCAAACUCAAGAACGACAACACUCAGGCUUUCUACCAGCUCAGUACCAUCUAUUAUAACCUGGGAGAUCACGAGAUGUCCCUCAAUGAAGUGAGAGAGUGUUUGAAGCUGGACCCAGACCAUAAGCAGUGCUUCAGCCACUAUAAGCAGGUCAAGAAGCUCAACAAGCAGAUCAUGUCAGCUGAGGAGCUGAUCCAGGAGCAGAGGUACGAAGACGCAGUAAGCAAAUACGAGUCGGUUAUGAAGACGGAACCGAAUGUGCCCCAUUACACUGUUCAUGCCAAGGAGCGCAUAUGCCACUGUCUUUCUAAGGAUCAGCAAGGUGCUAAAGCAAUCCCAGUGUGCAGCGAAAUCCUGAGCUCGGACCCACAGAAUGUGAACGCUCUGAAAGACAGGGCCGAGGCCUACCUCCAGGAUGAGCAAUAUGAAAACGCCAUUAAGGACUUUGAGAGUGCAAAAGAGUUCAGCGAGAAUGACCGUCAGAUAAAGGAAGGUCUGGAGCGAGCACAGCGCCUUCUCAAGCAGUCCCAGAAGAAAGACUACUACAAGAUCCUUGGCGUCAAGAGGUCAGCACAGAAGAAGGAGAUCAUUAAAGCCUACAGAAAGCUGGCACAGCAGUGGCACCCGGACAACUUCCAGGAUCCCGAAGAGAAGAAAAAGGCUGAGAAGAAGUUCAUAGACAUCGCACAGGCCAAGGAAGUGCUCACUGAUCCAGAAAUGAGGAGUUUGUUUGACCAGGGUGAAGACCCCCUGGACCCUGAGAGCAAGCAAGGAGGAGGCCAUCACCACUUCCAUGGGGCUUGGGAGAACUUCCAGGGCUUUAACCCUUUCGGCUCAGGACCGUUCAACUUUAAAUUCAAUUUUAACUGAAGUCAUCCAAGAGCUCGGAUCAGCCUGAUCUCAGAGAGAAGUGAUUGUGUUGAGCUGCCCUGGAUACAGUAUGACUACACAGGCUGCCAUGGCAUUCAGACACAUCCCAUGCUGUUGAUUAUUCUCGGACUUGAUAAGCAAACCAAAAAUCCGAAGCAUUUUUUUUUCCCUUCACGGAACUUCAGAGUAUAUUGGGUUCACGCCCAAGCAACCGAACAAUCCUAAGACUAUUAUGUACAUAGAAGACUGCACUAUUUUUCUAUGAAUUAAAUAUUGAUGCAUUGUAAAUACAAAAAUAAAAGAUGUCAUCGCUUAUUUAAUUAACAAGAAA